AGGAGGGGGAGGAGAUGGAGCGCGUCGACGGCGACGGAGAGCGCCGGGCCACCGUGCCGGGGGAAGGCGCUGCGACGCGGGAUGGGGACACCGACGGCGCGGAGGGCGACCCCCGGGGGCGCGCGGAGACCCCCGCGAUCGCCGCCGCGGGGAGGCGCGAGGGGGGGGGCGAGAGGCACCCGUUGUGCGUGGGAGCGCCGCCUCCGCCGCCGCCACCACCGCCGCAGCCGCAGCAGCAGCAGCAGCUACCGACCGGCGUGACGGCGCUGGCCGGGAGGCCGUUCAGGUGCGGCGAGUGCGGCAAGGCCUUCGUGCAGGUGGGGCAGCUGGCGCGGCACCGGCGCAUCCACACGGGGGAGCGGCCCUUCUGCUGCGCCGAGUGCGGGCGCCGCUUCACGCAGUCGGCGCACCUGCAGCAGCACGCGCGCACCCACACCGGCGAGCGGCCCUUCGCCUGCGCCCAGUGCGGCAAGCGCUUCGCGCAGUCCUGCCAGCUGGGCGUGCACCGGCGCACGCACAGCGGCGAGCGGCCCUACCCGUGCGGCGACUGCGGCAGGGCCUUCUCGGGCUCCUCGGCGCUGCGGCGCCACCGCCGCUCGCACACCGGCGAGCGCCCGUAUGCCUGCGUCGAGUGCGGCAAGCGCUUCGCGCGGGGCUGGCCGCUGGCGCUGCACGCGCGCACGCACACGGGCGAGCGGCCGUACGUGUGCGUGGAGUGCGGCCACGGCUUCGUGCACUCAUCGGCGCUGGCGCAGCACCGGCGCUCGCACGCCGCGUGCGAGUCCGCCCGGGUGGGGGGGACUCGGAGCUGGCGGACGGAGGGACGGGAAGCCCAGGGAUGUUCAUCUCCUUCGGCUCCAACGGCUCCAAGGAUGAAGGGGACGCCGGCGCGACUUGACGCUCCCAGCCGCCACGCAGUUUACAGCGUUCGUGUCACCUUUUGGCGUCAUCUGGUCCAACACCAUGUGAGACUAGGCUCUAAGGAAAGCUGUCUCGGGUGUGGACCAAUCAACUUCAAGGACAGUGCAUACAUUAUCAGAGUUAUGUUUUUGUUUGCAUUAUGACUUGCAGGUAUUGUGGUCUAUGCAAACAUGACUCCUUGUAAAAAAGGUGUCAGUUUUGUUGCCAGAUGGAAGGGUAAAAAAACAAUUAUCAGCGUUCGUGUCUUUCCAUCUCGUACAUUCCACGCGGCUCCUCCGGGCGGCGGACGCGCGUCCCGAUGAAGGACGACGGUGAUUAUUUAGUCCCUUCGAGGAUCUCUCGCUCGUUCUGAGAUUUUUGUUUACCAAAAAAGUAAGUUUCGGUCUAAAUUUGUGCUGUUUCGCUGCCCACGUGAAUGCCGCACGGCUGCGAGAGGGUUCGUCGCCCUGGGCGACCUCCCGGCACCUCCUCGUUGGGCCGCGCGUGACCGGCCGCACGCGAGAUCCGGUGCAAUCCCGCGGGAUCUGGGGGUUCGAAGCCGGGGAUUUCGGCGCCGGGGAUUUGGGCGGCGCCAGCGGAGUUUUGCCAGCACUGUGCCAACUAUGGCUGCAGUCAUGGCCUGGGCCGGUUUACGUUUCAAAUUGAAGCUUCGUAUUUACAAAGCGCGAGACGCGUCGUUCCACGGCUCGUUCCGCGCGUCGUUCCGCGGCUCGCGCUCACGUCUCCCCGCCGACUGCUCGUGAGCUCGCAGCCAUCGACUGGAAUUAAACUCGGCUCGGCCCCGGCGAGGUUUUGUGAAUAAACAGAUCUGCACUGCGCACAGAA